AUGAACUCUUUUGCCCUGCUGUUAACCUGUGUCUCUUACUGCAGUGCUGCACACGAUUGCACCACGGCCAAGAAGAGAAGAGCCGGGGAGCAGGCUGUGGGGGUCCCAGUGAACAAGAGAAAGUCCCUGCUCAUGAAGCCCCGACACUACAGCCCCAGUGUGGACUGCGAGGAGGGACAUGCUGACCAGAUGGAGGCGGAGGGGCAGGACGGCCACCUGGAGACCAACCAUCACCCCAGCACAGAAGAAAUCAUGAUAAAACCCAUGGAUGAGAAGUUUCAUUCAACCGCACAAGAAAACUCAGAUGGGAAGGAAGACAGAUAUGGCUGUUAUCAGGAACUCGUGGUCAAAUCUCUAAUGCACUUGGGGACACUGGAAAAAAGUGCAUCUGUUCAGACCAUAAGUGAAAACUUAAACGACAGUGGCAUCCAAUCUCUAAAAGCAGAGGGGGACGAAGUGGACGAGUGCUUUUUGGUUCCUUCCGACGAUGGGAAAGAUAAGACUGACAACUCCCAGCUGCGGUUCUCGCCCUCCUCCGACAGCGACAGUAACUCUGAAAGUGUGGAGAAUGGUUGGGACAGCGGCUCCAACUUCUCAGAAGAAGCCAAACCUCCGAGGGUCCCAAAGUAUGUUUUAGUGGAUGAUAGCAAAGACCUACUGGAAGUUCCUGAAAUAAAAACUGAAGGCAACAAGUUUAUCGCCUGCAAAAAUGUGUGUGAUUCAGAGACAGAAAGGAAAGACCCUCAGAACACUCCAUUGGACCCAUCAGAUGGCCCAGCCCAGCCCUCCUUCCCAGGGAGUGAGGACCGCAGUCACGGGCGUGGGUGUCCGGCCGCGGGGACGGAGGAGGCCGCUGCCCUGGAGAAAGCCAAGGGGAACCUGAGUCUGCUGGAGCAGGCGAUUGCCCUGCAGGCUGAGCGAGGCUGCGUCUUCCACAACACCUACAAAGAGCUGGACCGCUUUUUGCUGGAGCAUCUCUCGGGGGAGAGGAGGCAAACUAAAGUCAUCGACAUGGGUGGAAGACAAGUCUUUCCCAAUAAACACUCACCGAGGCCUGAGAAGAGGGAGACCAAGUGCCCCAUCCCCGGGUGUGACGGCACAGGGCACGUGACGGGACUAUACCCCCACCACCGCAGCCUUUCGGGGUGCCCCCACAAAGUGCGGGUCCCGCUGGAGAUUCUUGCCAUGCACGAAAAUGUGCUCAAGUGCCCCACCCCGGGAUGCACGGGACGAGGGCAUGUGAACAGCAACCGCAACACGCACAGGAGUCUUUCUGGUUGUCCAAUUGCUGCAGCUGAAAAACUGGCUAUGUCCCAGGACAAAGGUCAGCUUGAUUCUCCCAAAACCGGACAGUGUCCUGAGCAGGGUCACAGGACGAGCUUGGUGAAGCAGAUCGAAUUCAACUUCCGAUCACAAGCCAUCAACUCUCCCAGAGCCACGGUGUCUAAAGAGCAAGAGAAGUUUGGAAAAGUACCCUUCGAUUACGCCAGUUUUGAUGCCCAGGUUUUUGGUAAAUGCCCCCUUGUACAAACAGGUCGGAAAACACCACCAUUUCCUGAAUCGAAGCAUUUUUCCAGCCCAGGGAAAUUUCCCCCCCGGCUGCCGAGUGCAGGCGCCCACACACAGAGCCCAGGCCGUGCCAGCUCCUACAGCUCCGGCCAGCGCAGUGAAGACACCCACAUCGCAGCAGCUGCGGCCAUCCUGAACCUGUCCACCCGCUGCCGGGAAGCCGCCGACAUCCUCGCCAACAGACAGCAGGGUCUGCACGCCAAGGGGGCUGAGAUAGAAGUGGACGAGAAUGGCACAUUGGACUUAAGCAUGAAAAAAGCUCGAAUCCUGGACAAAGCUGCACCCCUAACUUCCACUAACCCUGUUCCAACUGCUUCCUCUUCCCCGUUCAAAACCAGCAGCCUUCUGGUUAACGCAGCCUUCUACCAGGCCCUGUGUGACCACGAGGGCUGGGACACGCCCAUCAACUAUAGCAAAGCCCACGGAAAGAUGGAGGAGGAGAAAGAGAAAGACCCAGUGAGCUCUCUAGAAAAUUUAGAGGAAAAGAAGUUCUCUGGAGAGGCCUCCAUACCAAGCCCUAAACCCAAGCUCCACACCAGAGAUCUCAAGAAAGAACUCAUCACCUGUCCAACACCAGGAUGUGAUGGGAGUGGCCACGUCACGGGCAACUAUGCAUCUCACCGCAGUGUUUCUGGAUGUCCCCUGGCGGAUAAGACCCUGAAAUCCCUCAUGGCAGCCAACUCUCAGGAGCUCAAGUGUCCUACCCCAGGCUGCGAUGGUUCAGGGCACGUGACCGGAAACUAUGCCUCACACCGCAGCCUGUCUGGCUGCCCUCGUGCCAGGAAAGGUGGUGUCAAGGUGACUCCUACGAAGGAAGAAAAAGAAGACCCUGAACUCAAAUGCCCUGUGAUUGGGUGUGAUGGCCAAGGUCACAUAUCAGGUAAAUACACAUCCCACCGCACGGCGUCUGGAUGUCCCCUGGCUGCCAAGAGACAGAAGGAGAACCCGCUCAAUGGGGCACCCCUCUCCUGGAAGCUGAACAAACAGGAACUUCCCCACUGCCCCCUGCCAGGCUGCAAUGGGCUGGGCCACGUCAACAACGUGUUCGUCACCCACAGGAGCUUGUCUGGAUGUCCUCUCAAUGCACAAGCCAUCAAGAAGGGCAAGGUCUCUGAAGAACUAAUGACCAUCAAGGUCAAAGCAUCUGGAGGUAUAGAGAGUGAUGAAGAAAUUAGGCAUUUGGAUGAAGAAAUAAAGGAACUCAAUGAGUCCAACCUUAAAAUUGAAGCCGAUAUGAUGAAACUCCAGACACAGAUUACGUCCAUGGAGAGCAACUUAAAGACCAUCGAGGAGGAGAACAAGCUGAUAGAACAGAACAACGAGAGCCUGCUGAAGGAGCUGGCGGGGCUCAGCCAGGCCCUCAUCUCCAGCCUUGCUGACAUCCAGCUCCCACAGAUGGGGCCCAUCAGCGAGCAGAAUUUCGAGGCAUAUGUCAACACGCUCACAGACAUGUACAGCAACCUGGAGCGGGACUACUCGCCGGAAUGCAAAGCUCUCCUGGAGAGCAUCAAGCAGGCAGUCAAGGGCAUCCAUGUGUAG